AUGAAGCUGUUGUCUUGGAAUAUAAGGGGUAUUGGGCAAUCUGAGAAGCGACGGAAAAUUAGGAAUAUAGUACAGGAGAGGAUGGUUGAUGUCCUGUUUUUGCAAGAAACGAAAAAGGUUGGAGUGUCCAAAGAAUUAGUUAAGUCUAUUUGGCCAUAUGAUGAUUUGGAAUAUAUGUCUGUUGACGCUGAUGGGUUCUCUGGUGGUGUUUUAUGUGUUUGGAAGGCUAGUGUGUUUUCACUUGCUAAGUGUUGCAGCUCAAGAAAUUUCUUAAUUCUGUCAGGUACGAUCCUUCCUCGUUUCAAUUGUGUUUUCGUCAAUGUUUAUGCUCCAAAUGAUGUAACCAGAAGGGGUGUUGUCUGGAAUGCACUGCGUAAUUUAAAGGCUAAGUAUGUAGAUCCUUGGUGUUUAGGGAGGGAUUUUAAUGAGGUUAGAAGUAUGGGGGAAAGGAAGGGGUGUUUAAGAAGAGACAAAGGGAUGAGGGAGUUUAAUGAAUUUAUUGAGGGUGUUGAACUAUAUGAUGUGCCCAUGCAGGGUAGACAAUUUACAUGGAGUAACUCAAGUGUGAGGGGCAGCUGGAGUAGAAUAGAUAGAAUUUUACUUUCUUCAGAGUGGCUGGAAAAGUUUAACUUUACAUUAUGGGGUCUUCCAAGAGGGCUUUCUGAUCAUUGUCCUCUUCUCCUCAUGGAGGAUAGCAGGGAUUGGGGUCCUAGGCCGUUUCGGUUUGUUAAUGCGUGGAUUUUGCAUCCUCAGUUCUUGUCAGUCAUUAAGUUUUCUUGGGUAGAACCAGAAAUUAGUGGUUGGGCUGGUUUUGUUAUUCAAGAGAAGCUUAAAAAUCUUCGUCGGGUGCUAAAGAGUUGGAAUCAUGAAGUGUUUGGGAAUGUGGCACACUUAGUGAAGGCAGCUGAAUCUGAGUUACAUAAUCUUGAUUUAUUGGCUGAAUCUAGGGAGUUAUCCAAUGCUGAAGUAGAUCGAAGAAGGAAGCUCAAAAAAGAAGAGAAAAAGCAGGAACUUGUUAAUUCUGUAUUUGUGGGUGGGGUGUUGUAUGAGGACCCGCAAAGAGUGAAGUCUGAGGUCUUUAAUCAUUUCAAGCAUGUGUUCUCUGAACAAUGGAGGUUUAGGCCUAAGCUGGUUGGUCAGUUUAAAUCUGUUGGUAGUGAUGGUGUUGCUGAAGGUCUUGAAGCAAGAUUCACAGAGGAGGAGGUGUGGGCUGCUGUCAAGAGCUGUGAUGGGAAUAAAGCUCACGGUCCUGACGGUUUUAACCUUCUGUGUUCUCAAAAGUGCUGGAAGGUCCUUAAGUUUGAUGUGUUGAGGUUUUUCAAUGAAUUUCAUGAGAAUGGAAAAUUGGCUGGUGGUGUUAAUAGCUCCUUCGUCACUCUUAUUCCAAAAGUCGAGGGUCCAGUUAGCAUUUCGGAGUGUAGGCCAAUUAGUCUAAUUGGCUCUAUGUAUAAAAUUCUUGCUAAAGUCCUUUCUAAUAGGUUGAGGCAAGUGAUUUCUAGGGUAAUUGGGGAGGCUCCAUCCGCUUUCCUGGAGGGAAGGAACAUUUUGGAUGGGGUCUUGAUCGCAAAUGAAGUAGUUGAUUGGUGGAAGAGAAGUGGAAUAAGGGAUCAAAAUCUAACAGAACUCAAUCCCAAAUUAGGGCUCUUGAUGGUUAAGGACUGUGCUGGUGUGCUUAAUUGCCAAAAUCAAAGUCUUCCUCUAGCUUAUCUUGGUUUGCCUCUUGGUGCUAGCCCUAGAUUAAAGAAAACUUGGAAACCAGUAAUCGAUAAAAUCAGGGCCAAAUUAGCAUCUUGGAAAAGGAAACUUCUCUCUUUUGGGGGUCGUUUAACUCUCAUCAGGUCUGUUCUAUCCAGCUUACCUGUGUACUACUUAUCCAUAUUGAAGAUGCCCCAUUCCGUGAUUAAGACAAUUGAGAGUUUGAGGGCAGCUUUCUUGUGGGGAGGGUCUGAAUUAAGACGGAAGAUUCAUCUGGUUAAAUGGGAGGAGAUUACUAAAAAAAGGGACCAAGGUGGACUGGGAAUUAGAAGGAUCCAGGAUGUGAAUGACUAUCUGCUAGCGAAAUGGUGGUGGAGAUUUGGUGUUGAAGAUAAAUCCUUAUGGAAAAGGGUUCUGUGUAGUAGAUACCAGUAUAAUGGUGGGAAAUGGUUGCCUUUUCCUAGCUCUGAUGAAUAUUUAUCUAAGGUAUGGGGCGGGAUAUUAAGGGUUGGCCAAUCAAACUCUCAAUUGAAGAGUAUAUUUCUUGAUAACAUUAAGUUGGUUGUGGGAAAUGGGGGCAGGAUUCAAGUUUGGUUGGAUCAUUGGUGUGGGAAUCAGUGUCUUAUGGAAAAAUUCCCUAGGCUAUUCAGUUUAUCAACAGAAAAAGAUAUAACUUUAAGUGCAUUGUUGGAGAGGAAAAGAUUAUCAGGGGUCUGGAAUUUUAAGUUUCGCAGAGUGUUGUUUGCGUGGGAGGCCGAGGAGUUGGAAAGGUUAGUUACCUUAGUUAAUCAAGCAGAGUUGGGGGCUGGGGACAAUGAAGAUUGUUUGAAGUGGCUGGCAUGUUCAUCAGAACAAUUUUCUAUAUCCUCCCUUUCAAAAGUUUGUGCAGAUAGUCCUUCAAUUCUGUGCACUGGUCUGUUAUGGUAUAAUUUGGCCCCUCCGAAAGUUCAGUUCCUUGGUUGGUUAGCGUGGAAAGGUAGAUUGAAAACAACCAUGUUUCUGCAAAAGAUUGGCGUUCUCAACCAAAGUGCUUCCAUUGAUUGUGUUCUUUGCAGGAAUGAUGCUGAAACAGUUAAUCAUGUUCUUCUUUGGUGCCCUUUUGUUUGGCAAGUAUGGUCUACAGUGUUAAACUGGUGGGGGAUUCAGUGGGCUGUGCCUGGUAAUGUUGAAGGGUUGCUUCAUUGGUGGAUGGGAUUUAAGUGGAGAAAGUUUGAAGAUAGAAUUUGGAAAGUUAUUCCUUUGGCUGUCAUGUGGUCUACUUGGAAACUCAGAAAUGAAGUAAUUUUCUCUGGGAAGCAGCUUUGCGUUGCAGAAUUCUGUGAGUUGAUUUUGGCUAGAGUGGCUUUUUGGGUCAAAGCUCAUUCAAAAGGGUGUUCUUAUUCAGUCCAGGACAUCAUUCGGAGAUUGCAACAAAUCAGGUAUGUAUCUCUGCCUUAA